AUUUGCUAAGGCGCCGGGUCCGCCUCCAGUCGGGAGUGUGGACGUCACUUCCGCUGGUGACCCCUUCCUGACCCUGCUCCCCCUUGCUGUCAAGGGAUUUGAGCAACCCUGUGGAGCAGGUGCACGACGCCAGCUCCCUUCUUGGGGGGCGGCGGCCUGGGGGCUACCAUGGCCCCCAACCACCUGUCAGUGCGGGAGAUGAGGGAAGAUGAGAAGCCCCUGGUGCUGGAGAUGCUGAAGGCUGGUGUAAAAGACACAGAAAACCGUGUGGCCCUCCACGCUCUGACUCGCCCGCCAGCCCUUCUCCUCCUGGCCGCAGCCAGCAGCGGCUUGCGCUUCGUCCUGGCCUCCUUCGCCCUGGCCCUCCUGCUGCCCGUGUUUCUGGCUGUGGCUGCUGUGAAGCUGGGCCUGCGAGCCCGGUGGGGUUCUCUGCCUCCGCCCGGCGGCCUGGGGGGCCCCUGGGUGGCUGUCCGGGGCUCAGGCGAUGUGUGUGGAGUCCUGGCUCUGGCCCCUGGUGCCAACGUGGGGGACGGAGCCCGAGUCACCCGCCUCUCCGUCUCUCGAUGGCAUCGUCGCAGGGGCGUGGGCAGGAGGCUGCUGGCCUUUGCUGAAUCCCGAGCUCGAGCCUGGGCUGGGAGUAUGGGGGAACCUCGGGCCCGGCUCGUGGUCCCAGUGGCCGUGGCCGCUUGGGGCGUGGCAGGGUUACUGGAGGCCUGUGGCUACCAGGCAGAGGGAGGCUGGGGCUGCAUGGGCUAUAUGCUGGUGAGAGAAUUCAGCAAAGAUCUGUGAUGGUAGACCGUGCCCACUGGGGAGAUGGAUGCAGAACCAGCACCUAAAGAGCACCCACUGUGUGCCAGGCGCUUUGCGUGCCCUCCCUCAGUGUCUACCCAGUCUGCUGGGCUGACGGUGAGGCAGGCGCUGAGGUUGAUGGACUCAGGCCCGCGGUGGACCUGCCAGGUGCAGUGGGGACUCUGGGACCACUAGAGGUCACCCUGUCCACUCCUUGCCCCCUAGUCUGUAUGCUCUGAGAACAACAACAACAACAACCCCCCCGCCAACAAAAAAAAAAAAAAAAACCAAAAGAAAACAAAAAAUAAAAGAAAACAAACAAAAAAACCCUCUCUGGUUCUGGAUCUACAAAGCCCCCACUGUGUGUGUUUUAGGUCUGGAAGGGAUAUUUGGGGAGAGUGAGAGGCAGAGUUAGAGUCUGCGACAGUGUACCCCCAAAGUGGGCAGAUCUUUGGGGAGUGGGUGGGGCUGGGAGCAGAGUCUCCAAGCCCAUCUGUUUUUUACAGUUUGUUAAUAAAGCCCGAGACUUCUGUG